GUCCUUUCUCCAUAUAACCACACUCUCUCUUCCUUAAGUUGCAUCAUAUCAUAUCAUAUCAUAUCAUUCUCUCUCUUUUCACAUAUCAAAGAAAAAGAAAAUUAAGGAAAUUCGGAAAGAUGAUGUACGAGCAGCAGCAACGAUUUCAUCAUCAGCAACCGAUGACAAUGGAUACGAGGAGGAAGAAGAAAGGAUCAUCAGGCGGCAUAGAGGAAGCUGAUGAGAGGCUUGAAAUAGUGGACUUGAGUGGCAUGUCCUUGGACUCCCUUCCCAACCCUUCUCUUAAUUUAGCCACCAUUUGCAAGUUGGACCUCUCUAAUAACAAUCUUCUGAAUAUACCGGAGUCCUUAACGGCGAGACUGCUGAACAUGGUGGUGUUGGACGUGCACUCCAAUCAGCUUAGGUCCCUCCCAAAUUCCAUUGGCUGCCUCUAUAAGCUCAAGGUUUUGAAUGUCUCUGGCAACCUCAUCGAAUACCUUCCCAAAACAAUUGAAAAUUGCAGAAGCUUAGAAGAGUUGAAUGCAAACUUCAACAAGUUGAUCCAGCUGCCAGACACGAUAGGGUACGAGCUGAAAAACCUGAAGAAGCUAUCAGUGAACUCCAACAAGCUGGUGUUCCUUCCUCGGUCGACCUCUCACCUGACUGCACUGAGGAUUCUGGACGCGCGUUUGAACUGCCUAAGGUCUCUCCCAGAAGACCUGGAGAAUCUGAUAAACCUGGAAACCCUAAACGUGAGCCAGAACUUCCAGUACCUGGACUCCCUCCCCUACUCGGUGGGAUUCCUCUUGUCCCUCGUGGAACUCGACGUUAGCUACAACAAGAUCAGGGCCCUGCCGGACUCCAUCGGAUGCCUGAAGAAGCUGCAGAAGAUUAGCGUGGAAGGGAACCCUCUGAGUUCGCCGCCGCCGGAGCUGGUGGAGCAGGGGUUGCAUGCGGUGAAGGAGUACCUGUGCCAGAAGAUGAACGCCGGACAUCAAAGUCCCACCACUAAUAAUAAGAAGUCUAAGUCUUGGGUGGGGAGGUUGGUCAGGUAUGGAACCUUCAAUGGAAUUGGACAAAGCAGAGCUGCUGGGGCCCGCGAGGAACGCGAGGCUUUCAUCGUGCCUGAUUAUAGACCCAUCGAUGGCCUUGCUUCUCCACGCUACAUGGGAAUGUUCUCGCCUCGUCGCCUCUUCUCACCUCGUACUUACUUCACCAAUUGACCCUCAUCAACGUCUUGUUAUAACUAUGUAGGGUGGACAAGGAAAUGAUGGUCGGCUAGUUCCUGAGACCUUGUUAGCCCAUUGUGCUUCAUGGAUGAACAGGGUCUAUUAGAUAGUACCAACAAAAAAAAAAAAAGGAAAAGAAAGAUACCUAUAAUAAUCUGGCUCUGUUAUCAGUGGUAUUUUAAUAAACUUCAUUCACGCUGUUGUGGCGAUUGUCUUAAGUGUGUUUUGUUCAUUGGCAGCACACUUUCUAAAUGGAUAUCCUGAAGCAUUCACAAUAACAAAGCAAACAAAAUAUUUACUAAUGAGUGAUGAUAUAUAUAUGUGGACACUUUUAAGUAUUAUAUACUCUA